AUGGCUGAGUUUGUGGAAAUGCAGAGCAAUGAAGAUGUUGUUGUCGACAUCAUUUUUGUUGAGAAUCCGAUAGAGCAGAAUCUCCGAGAUUGGGAAGAAUCUUUUGGCCAUUUGGAAUGGUUCAAGGAGGCUUUCCCAAGACAUUCCAUAAAGACGCGAUCUUUGUACUACAGAUAUCAUGGUCAAAGCUCUCGGGACUCUCCAGUCGAGGUUGUAAACCAUGCAGCGCAUGGUUUGUUGUCCGAGUGGGCAAAGCUCGAAACACAUUCGCUGGUCAAGCCGUUGAUAGAUUCAUCUGGGAACGCUGUAGACGAAGGCGAUGGUCUCCCUCGACCCGUGCUCUUUGUCUGCCAGGGUCUCGGCGGUCUUGUGGUAGAGGAAGUAUGA